AUUUUUUUUGUUUUGUUUUUAAAGAUGUUUCAGGACUGAGGCGUCAACGUUGAUCUGUUCUGUACUGACAUGGAAGAAACGAAGUUGACUCUUUGACAGAUUUUACGCGGUGAACAUUUACGUACAGGACAUUUGGUGAUGUCAGAGAGAAGACUGUCCUGACGGCCCAGAGACAAACAUGAAGUGUGAUCUUCAGUCUCCGUCUACUGGACUAAACAAAGAUGGAGGGCAGCAUCCUCCAGUGCUGAAGUCCGACUCCAGUCAUGACGACCCUCCUCAUCAGCUCCAUCAUCUCCCCCACUCUGACUCUUCCUCCACGCACCUAACUGAUGAUGGAUCUGUUCGGCAGAGGAGAGCUGGGACUGCUGGGAGGGGGAGGGGGCGAUGGGCUGAGAGACGACAUGGUCGUUCCCGGGAUCAGUUGGUCGGCCAAUCGGCUGCCGGACGACAUGUAUCCGUCCUCGGGACUGGCUCUGGCGGCCGCGUAUCAUGACAUCAAGACGCGACUGGCCAGUCUGGAGAGAGAGAACAGCAGCAUCAAGAGGAAACUGAAGCACUACGAGAUCAAGUUUCCCAUGAUCAGUGAAUUUGGCGAGGAGAGGCUGGUGUGUUGCUCCUGUGGACCAAUCAUGAAGGAGACCAGUGUGAUCCAAUCAGAGACCACCAACCUACAGCAGAGGGUCAACUCUCUGACUCAGGAGCUGCAGAAGAGUAAAGAGAGAGAGGAGAGGUUAGAGGAGGUCAUCCAGGCGUACGAGAAGAUUCACCUGGAGAAAAGCAACGUCCAGAGAGACCUGGACAAGAUGACCACUCUGGCGGAGCAGCACAUGGAGCGGAUCUGCAGUUUGGAGUCGGCUCUCAGACAGAGAGACACUUCCCUCCAGAAGCUCAGCGCGCAGCUACGCAGCAAAGAUGCCCAGCAGCCGCCGGUCCACGCCAGCCUGGACGUUCCCAGAGGUGCGUUCUGGUAAAACAA